AUGCUCACCACCGAUAUCUUCACACCACCCACUAGCUGCCUGCAGCCGACAUACACAGUCUCACCAGCCGGUAACGAUGUUGUCGGCAAACUCACUGCUAUUCGUGGCUACGACAGCGCAUGUUACCCCUUCGCCUCAGCCGAGACGGGCUUCCCGACCAUGUCAGCGGUAGCAUGUCCUCUGCAGUACAGCUUUGUCGCUCACCAAACGGAUGGCCGGACCACUUUGGGAACGUGCUGUCCUACCGGCGCACACAUAGUCUCGCAGACUGCUCCAGAUCUGUGUACGCGCUAUACAGGCUACACAUCGACCACAGUCGUUGAUGCAACUGCUACCUCAGUAGUCCACAACAACUUCUUCGUCGAGACUGCGAUCGUUGUAUCAUGGACUGGCGGAGAAAAGCCGCAGACCACAUCAACACCGUCGUCGAGCACUACAAUGACUGCGACUGCAGCGCGAGGGUCAGUAGCGGCAGCACCUGUGGUACCUGAACCUGAUCUUGGCAUCAAUCCGGAGCGCGUCAGACAGACUGCAACGACCAUAGCGUUUGCCGUUGGUUGUUCAAUCGGUAGUGUCGUUUUGAUUGCCAUGAUUCUGGGGCUCAUCACUUUGAGACGCCAUCGGAAGCAGAAAGCCCAGACUCAGGCUCGGCUUGAUCAAGCUAGACUUGGGCGAGCGGGCGACGAACAUGGUCCAGUCAGCACUGACCUGCCACCAAUGUACGCAGCACGGCAGAGCAUGGAGACGUUGCCAGGACCGAGCACUGCGAUCCUGAAGCCGCGGCAAGAUGGGGGCUUGACGGUGCAGAAGAUUCUCGAGAAGACGUACUAUAAUGUUCAUGGACAUCAGCCGGAGAGUCUGGAUUGGUUCAAUGUCUUGAUCGCGCAGACGAUUGCGCAGCUUAGAGCUGAUGCGCAGGAGGAUGAGGCUGUGUUGGGCAGUUUGACGGAGAUGUUGAAUGGGGGGAGUAAGCCCUCUUUCAUUGACGAUAUCAAGGUGACGGAAAUCAGUCUUGGGAAGGAGUUUCCCAUCUUCAGCAACUGUCGCGUCAUACCCGUGGAUGAGAAUGGAAUGCCACUGAAAGAGUUGACAGGACUGAAGGGGGAGAGGUUACAAGCGAGGAUGGAUGUGGAUCUGUCAGAUGUGGUUACGCUCGGGAUUGAGACGAAGUUGGUGCUGAAUUAUCCCAAGCCGUUUGUGAUGGUGUUGCCUGUGGCUUUGGCGGUGAGUGUGGUGAGGUUCUCGGGCACGUUGAGUCUUUCUUUCCAGCCGAGUCAGGAGAUUCAUUCGGCAGCGGCAGAGAGUGCGACGCCAGUUGGACAACCGGAUAAGAAUGAGGGCCAUCCUCUCAAUCCUACUGGCCACUCGCCGACGACCUUGACGUUUACAUUUCUGGACGAUUAUAGGCUGGAUCUGAGCGUGCAUUCGCUGAUCGGGUCACGAAGUCGAUUACAGGAUGUGCCGAAGAUCGCACAGCUGGUGGAGGACAGGAUUCACAAAUGGUUCGAUGAGAGAGUAGUGGAGCCGCGGUUCCAGCAGAUCGUGCUACCAUCUCUAUGGCCGCGGAAGAAAAACACAAGAGGCGGCGAGGACGAAGCGGUCGUAGACGAAUCAGCAGGUUCAAGCAAGGCAUCAGUACCACCUCUCAACACGAAGACCGAGCGUCCACACCCAAGCAUCCCAAACGACGACCUUCCGCUGCCGAAGACAGGAUUUGGUGUGGGAAAUGCUGAGACCACGGCGGAGCAGAGGACGAGAGAUUGGGCGGCGCAGCAUGGGGGUCCGAGUGUGAAGCGGACUUCGUCGUUGGCCACGAAGGCAGAGCAGGACGGGAAGAAGAAGGAGGAUUUGAGCGAGAUUGAGCUGGCGGGGCAGGAGAUGAGGGAGGCGGAUGAGAGGGAUCGAAGGAAGCAGUUGAGGAGGGAUGAUAGUAGUUUGAGGUUGAGGACGAUACGGGAGGCUAGUCAUGAUGGGAUUAAGGCGGCGUCGUGA